CGAAACAUGCUAGUGCCAAGCAGUGUUGAGGACGAUUUCAUCCACAAAAAAAGAAAUGGUGUGCUUGCUGAUUGUGAUUUCAAUAUAAUAAAUAAUAAGAAAAUACAAGUAAUACAACAAUACAAAUUAAAACGAAUUAAUUACAACGAUUAAGAAGAAAAGUGAAGUCGUUUUUUAACUACCGAUUCCUGCACGCUGUUAAUUGUUUUAACUAUAGUUUAUAUGUAUAUAUUGUGUGCAUGUGUGAAUUCGAUUGUGAGCGUGUGUAGUAGUGUGUUCGCCUGCGAGUUUCUCAGUUGAUUUGCGAAAUUGAGAAUAUAAAGAUGGUGCUCGCUAUAUUGUAAGCGUGAAAUAAGUAAUAUAUAUAAAUACACAAAAUAAUAAAAUACACUCUUUUGGGCAACAAGAAAUCUCCAAUUAAUUGUGGGCAACAACGCAAAUUCAAAAUGCAUCCCUCGCCGCUGCAUUAUUCAACGAUGAGGCCACAGGCGCCGGCGUCUGUGGCAAGAGAUUCAAAAAAGGAUGAGCUGCGCUCGGCUCCCUGGUAUUGGGGCAGCAUAUCGCGCGAGCAGGCAAAAAACAAAUUAUUUGGCCAACCGGAUGGAAGUUUUCUAGUGCGCGAUGCGCAAGCAAAGAAAGGCGAAUAUACGCUGACUUUGAUGAAGGAUGGCAACGAGAAACUUAUUAAAAUUUGCCAAAUCAACGACAAUUAUGGUUUUGUUGAGAAAUUUCAAUUCAGCUCUGUGGUUGAAAUGAUCAAUCAUUAUAUGACCAAUUCACUGAAAAUGUACAACAAAACGUUGGAUAUAACGCUCAGUAAUCCAAUCGUUUGUCCCUUCUACGAGGAUGCACAGCCUCAAGGCGAUUUACGCUUAUUAUGCGAUGCAUUUGUACGCUGCUCUCAAUUGCUGUUGCAACAGGAGCAGGCGCUCGAUCAAAAGAAGAAAUCAUUUAAUGCCAUACGCGAAGAGUUAGCCGAGAAGAAGCUGCAUCAGAGCGUUUUUGGCAAUGCGGAAAAUAUGUUUCGCAGUCAAAUCGCAUCGAUAGAAUCGUUUAUGAAUAAACCACCUGUAAAUGCGACGGGCAUUGGAACAGGCGCCGGCGGAGCAGUCGGCGCGCAAUGUUCGCGGCAAGAGGUGGAACAGCAUAUGCGUGAAAAUUUGCAAAGGAUGAACGAACACCUUAAGGUGAUGCAUGCAAGAAUGGAACGUCUCAAUCAGGAAAUUAAGAUGCGCAAAGAGGAGGAACAGUUGCUUGAACGUCAAAUAAAUGCCAGCAAACCGGAGCUACAGGAAUUGCAAUUAUGCAAGGACAAACACAUUGAGCGCCUGAAAGGUUUUGGUCUAACCGACGACGAUUUGAAUGUUAUAUUGGAGAAGGGCUUCGACGAGCUGCAGCAGAACUAUGAGAAGGCCUCGAAUCAGCCGCAUCGCAACGAGUCACUGUGGCUGAUCAAGGAAGCCAAGCGACAGGAUGCCGAGGAGAUGCUCAGUGGAGCGCCCACGGGCACAUUCCUGAUACGAGCCCGAGACGCGGGCCACUAUGCCCUAUCCAUAGUCUGCAAAUCGGUUAUACAUCACUGUAUUAUCUAUGAGACGGAGAGCGGGCUGGGCUUUGCGGCGCCCUACAACAUCUAUCCCACGCUAAAGAAGCUGGUCGAGCACUAUGCCACCAACUCGCUGGAGGAGCACAAUGACAAGCUGACCACUGUGUUGCGCAUACCCGUGCGAUAUUGGCUGCAGAACAAGCAGCAGUUGUUGGAGCAGCUGCAGGAGGAGCUGGAGCUCGAGCAGGAGCAGGAGCGCUUGGCCCAAGAGGCGGCUCUGAUGCCGCCACCGCUGCCACCACAGGCGACGGCAAGCAGCGCACCAAUACCCACAACCAGAUCCAGGGAACAUCGUGGCCAUGAUUCAAUCGAUGCCUCAUUUAGUAUUGAGACGGAAACACCGCCAGCUUCCAUAUCGCCAUCAAAUUUUAGUACAUCGCAAUAGGCAAACACGCACACAAUCUCUCUCUCUCACACACACACGCACACACACAUACAUACAUACGAGUACCCAAUCUCCUUCACAGACAUACACACCUACAUGCCCACACUGUCCAGGCCAAUGGCUAGGUAACUCUCAUAGAUAUCCAGACCUGCAGCAACGCCCCUUUACCCCAAAUAUGUAUAUCUCUCUUAACUAUAUAAUAUUUAAAGAAAAAGUGUCGUUCACACUGUAAAGCGAAAAAACAAGUAAUUUGGUGAUUCAUGUUGAUGUUUAAAUAUCUCUGUAUAUAUAUAUAUAUACUAUAUGCUAUAUAUACGUAUGUAUAUGUAUAAACUAUGUACGUAUUUUUGUCAUUGUUUUUGCAUUUUGCUUGAUUACAAGUGAUAAAAGAAAAAGAAGUUAAAAAGGUCAAGCCAAUUGCUAUGUGAGUUUUGUUGGUACGUAAGCCACAAUAUAUAUACAUAUAUAUAUAUAUAUAUAUAACUUUAAAUUAAGAAGCUAUAAUUAUAUACAUAUGUAUAUUUAUCAAUAUAUACAUAUAUAUAUAUAUAUUGGUUUUUAGCUCGCACGCUGCGCGUUAUCGAGUCAUAAAUGCCAAUUUGAACAGUUAAAAAAAUCAACUUUAAAUACAAGUUCUUUGUAAAUAAACAACAUAUAUAUACUGUAUGUAUGUAUAUAUAUAUAUAUAUAUGUAGCUUCACUUUGAAAAUUGUUAGAAUUGUUUUGAGCUGCAUUUUGAUAAUACAGCCGGUAAAACGAAAACAAUUCGACCACCAAAUUAUUUGUUGUUA